GAAUAUGAUUAAAUUUUAGACUACAAUGUCUGAAUAUGAUUAGUCUGCAGUUAAAAAGUCUUCUCCAGACGAUCUGUUUGAUUUAUAAUUAUUUUUUUCUAAUAGUAGAUGAUCAACAUACAAUUAUUAUGAAUUAGAUGUUAUAAUUAUUUACAUCAUUGGCUUGGCGAUGCCAUCGAGGAAGAAGUUGAAUAUGCUUAGACAACAAUUUAAAUAGUUCUCUCAGUUCUUUAACGUCAGAUUAAAGUAAUAUUUUAUGUAAAAAGAAAAAUAUUGAUGCAAGUCCCCCUUUGACAGAGAAAUAUGAUGUUGUUGUUGCAAAGUCUAACAGUGCUAGUUCUCUACGUCUUAUAUAUUGUUUACUAUUUUCAAGUUUAGAGAAAAAUUUAAAUUUGAACUAAAAAAUAGUCCACAAAACAAAAUACCAAAAUGGGUGAGUUGAAGGGAGAAAAUAAAAUAUUAUCAGAAAAAACCGCAUUGCCACUUGUUAAUAUACAAGUGUAAUUAACCUUUGGUAUAUUUCCUUUCUAUGAUUAGCAUCAGGUUAAUUUGGUUGGUCCUGGUUUCACAUUAACCAUGCACCCCUAAUACCUUCAUCCCGAGUAGAAAAAAGGACCUUGUGUUCCAAACACUUUUGCUGAGGACAAUCGGUUCCCUUUGUCCUUUGUCACCUUCGGUUUCCUCCCUGUUCGUAAAACUGAUCAUAAUCCAUAGGAGGAUUCUCAAAGGGACAAAGAAAAGGGAACAAACACCAAUCACCGUGUUAGAUCUUUUUGUUACUUGAUUUUCCAACAACAUUAGAAAUCAAUUAACAAAAAGAAAAUAAAAAAAUAAAUAAAUAGAAAACAAGAGUUGUUGGUAGUCAUUGUUGUUCUUCAAAAUGAAUGACCUAUUUUCAAGCUCCUUUAAAAAAUACAGUGACAUGAACAAUGAGUCUCAAAUGUAUGACGUGGAGGCUGGAAAGGAAAAUGUGAACCUGGAUAAGUUCUUUGAUGAGGUGGAGAAUGUGAAGGAAGACAUGAGAUCAGUGGAGAAGUUGUAUAGAAAAUUGCAAGAGUCCAAUGAAGAGAGCAAGAUCGUUCAUAACGCUAAAACCAUGAAAGAUCUUCGAGCAAAAAUGGAUCAAGAUGUUCAACAGGUUCUCAAACGCGUCAAAAUGAUAAAGGGCAAGCUUGAAGCUUUGGAACGUUCAAAUGCAGCCAAUAGAAACCUCCCAGGAUGUGGUCCGGGUUCCUCAACAGAUCGAACAAGAACCUCAGUGGUCAGUGGCUUAGGGAAGAAAUUGAAGGACAUGAUGGACGAUUUUCAAGGACUGAGAGCAAGAAUGCAAAACGAGUACAAGGAAACCGUGGAACGUAGGUACUUCACCAUAACAGGAGAGAAGGCCGAUGAAGAUACCAUUGAGAACUUGAUAUCAAGCGGUGAAAGUGAAAGUUUUCUUCAAAGGGCAAUUCAAGAACAGGGUAGAGGUCAGAUAAUGGACACCAUAUCAGAGAUUCAAGAGAGACAUGAUUCUGUUAAGGAGAUAGAGAAGAACUUGAUGGAGUUGCAUCAGGUGUUUUUGGACAUGGCAGCUCUUGUAGAGUCUCAAGGUCAGCAACUAAACAACAUUGAGAGUCAUGUCGCACAUGCAAGUUCUUUUGUGAGAAGAGGCACAGAACAACUUCAUGAAGCCAGAGAGUAUCAAAAGAGCUCCAGAGAAUGGACUUGUUACGCCAUUCUUCUUGGCAUUGUUCUUGUCAUUGUGCUCUUGUUUCCUCUCUUGACAUCACUUUUGCCUCACUUGUUAUAUUGAACAUUAUCGUCUCAGUUUUACCAACCAAACCUUCGAUUUUGCAUUAUUCUGGCUAUUUUAGAUUCCCAUAGAGUUGUAAUAGCAGGAUAAUCACAACAAUGUACUAGAAAGUUCACUCAUUUUUUGAAUGAUUCCAAUUUUGUCUCCUUUCUCAGACCCUCUAUUAUUAUAGCACUUUUGAUACCUCC